AUGAAUCAAGUCUACACGUUUCAUCAUCGUCAAUGGUGGUGUCAUCGACAAAUGUUUUUUCGAUUUAAACGCAUCUAUACCAUUCUCAAUAUUCUCUCUCUACUCGCUACCUCAUUGGGACUCAUCAUUGGACCUGUUUUACAAAAUGUCUUACUCACUUCCAUCUUAGCUGCUGUUGGAAUGUUCAUCAAAGGAUGGAAUGAUUUUAAACGAUACUCCAUCAAAAUGGACAUGAGUAAAUUUGCUUAUUCCACUCAUGCCAAAGCACUCACGGAAUUACGUGCUCUACAAUUGUCUGCAACGGAUGAAUUUCUACUCAAACAACAAAUUUUAGAAGAAGUUAUUAUUGAUUUUGCUCCUCCUAUUCCAGAUCAUAUCCUAUGCAACUAUAAA